AUGCCUUUAUGUCCGUGUCGCGUUAAAGUAAAAAAGACAUCAAAUACGAUACGCUUGCGGAAUCAAGGACCCGUGGCUUCGUUCAAGUUCGGCGACGUUUGCCGCGAACUUUUGAAGUCCGCGAGGAGAGUUGUGUCAGCUAGUGUUUGGCGGGAAGCGCUCGGCAGCAGAUGGGCCCGCCACAAAAGAGAUCGCGGGCACCUAACGAGCUCAAUUGACGAGCGAACGGAAACGUGCCCAAUUAGAAGGAGGCGGCGAGCGUCGCCCCCGCGCGCCGCAUUAACCAGAUUAGCGGAGCGGAGAGCGAGGUGUGGCGCGGCGGACACCUCGGCGCGCGGGAAAAAAGCGACGCGCGGCGCCGGGCGGCCCCGCCCCGCCGGGCGCAGCGGGGCGCCGGGGGGCGCUGGGGGGCGCCGCGCGCGCCAUUGGCCGGGCGGGAGGGUGUCGCGAGCGGCGCCGCCGGCGGCCAGUCGCUUGACGCCUGCCGCGCGAGUGGCCGCACCGACUGUCGCGAGUGUCGCGCGCGUACGCGGGCCAUGGUGCGUGCAUGAGCGGGCGCUCGCGCGACCGCUGGAGCCCAAGGGCACGCCGGCCGUGGAGCGCGCGCCGUGGGCCCCGGGCGGCGCGGGCAUGCGCUUCGAGGGCGCCGAGCGGCGCGACGCCGUGGCCUUCCACCCGCUGCUGGCGCCGCGCCCCAGCGACUUCUCCGUGUCGGCGCUGCUGACGGCGGGCGCGCUGCCGCCGCCGCCUUACCUGCCGGCGGCGCUCGCGGCCGCCGCAGCGCUGUCCGCGCCCUGUCCGCUGCUCAAGCCGCCGCCGCCGCCCUACGCGCCCCUGCCCCCCGACGACGACGGCGUCGUCGACGACCCCAAGGUCACGCUCGAGGGCAAGGACCUCUGGGAGAAGUUCCACAAGCUCGGCACCGAGAUGGUGAUCACCAAGAGCGGCAGGUCAGUACGGCCCCCAACCCCGCGAGGUGUGACCGUGCGUUGCCCGCGUGAUACAAGUGCUGUGUGUGUUGGCGAAUUGCGUUCGAUAGUUUUAACGGCGCGG